AUGGAGGCAGAUGACGCACAGAAGGCCCUCCGGCUCGCGUUUAAGCACGACGCAAACGGAGACACUGCAGCAGCCAUCAAGUGGACCAAGAAGAGCAUCGCCAUCUUCAAGACGCCAUCGGCAGAAGCGCUGCUCGUGCGGCUCGAAAAGAGCGGUGCAUCCGGCAACGGCGCCUCGACCUCUGCGUCUGCAUCGACAUCAUCUACCACUGCUGGAGCAUCUUCGUCGGCCGAAGGAUUGCGGUCUCGCGCGAGCGCUCAGACAAAUGGACGCUCAGAAACAACACACACGGCGCCGAAGCGAGCCUACACGCAAGCGCAAAUGGAGGUCGUUACGAAAGUCAAGAAGGCUGGAGGAGACUUCUACGCAGUGCUCGGGGUGGAGAAGAGCGUCGACGAGAACGGUAUCAAGAAGGCGUACAAGAAGCUGGCGCUCCAGCUGCAUCCGGACAAGAAUGGUGCUCCGGGUGCCGACGAGGCGUUCAAAACCGUAUCGAAAGCGUUCAGCAUUCUCACUGAUGGAGACAAGCGAGCGGCGUACGACCGUUACGGUGGAGAUCCUGACAAUGCGCGGUCGGCAGCAGGAGCAGCGGCGGCCGGACACGGCAACCCGUUUGGUGGCAUGAGAGGGACGCCAUUCCGAGGCGGCGGAUUCGGCGACGAGAUCGACCCCAACGACCUGUUCAACAUGUUCUUUGGCGGAGGCAUGGGCAUGGGCGGGACACAGUUUGGCGGCACAACAUUCACGUUCGGCGGGCCAGGCAUGCGCACCCAUCAGUUCCGCCAGCAACGUCAAGGGCAACGACGUGCGCCUGAACCGCAAAACGCCAACAUUCUGCUCCAGCUCCUCCCGCUUCUCGUGCUCGGUCUCUUCAGUCUGCUCGCUUACGCACCCUCGCUCUUCUCGACACCAGAUCCCAACUUCACCUGGAACCCCUCGACGACGUACAGCACACAGCGCAUGACGACCAAACACCACGUGCCGUACUACGUCAACGACAACCAGUUCAACAGCCACCCCUUUGUCACGGGCGAGAACAGCAAGCGCGACCUCGCCGGGUUCGAGAACCGCGUGGAGAACUCGUACAAGCAGGCCAUGUAUUCGAGCUGCGAACGUGCGAGAGAGUACCAAGAGAACAGGCUGCGUGCGACCAGAGGCUUCCUCGGCAUCGGCGCGGAUGAGGCGGCCGCUAAGAAGAUCAUGGAGGAGGUCUACGAUAGCUGUGAGAAGCUCAAGCCGUUUGGCAUUUACAUUUGA